CGCUAACCGGAAGUCGUCUUUCCCAGGUGGCGGAAACGCCUCCAUGUUGCCGGCGACCCUGAGCGGAGUUGAGAGUAUGCGGUACUGCUAGGGUGGGAAAAGCUUAAAUCAUGGCAGGAGCUGGAGAGAAGAAAGGCAAGAAGGAUGACAAUGGGAUUGGCACUGCUAUAGAUUUUGUCCUCUCCAAUGCCAGGCUGGUACUUGGCGUGGGAGGAGCUGCCAUGCUAGGAAUAGCUACUUUGGCAGUGAAACGGAUGUAUGACCGGGCUAUCAGUGCCCCUGCCAGUCCCUCCCGGUCCAGUCAGUGUAGCAAACGGAGUUGGGAAGAACCUAGCUGGUUGGGCUCAUCUACGCGACUUCUGAACAACGACAUGAAGACAUCUGUAAGCCGCAGUCUGCAGACUCUCCCCACAGAUUCCUCUGCAUUUGAAUCAGACCCUGUUCGUCCUAAACCACCAACUAGGAAGUCGAAAAUAGACUUGAAGAAGACUCGUCUGCACAUGUCCAUUCAAGAGAAACUUUUUACUUUCUAUAGAAAACAUGUGGCCAUCCCACCUACAGAGCAAAGUAUUGCUAAGCAAGCUGCUCUGGACAUUUGUGCUGAACUGCGCAAUUAUAUCCACCACAAGUUCCCAGAUAUGCAAUUGCGAGAGAUGCACCUUAGCGGAAGCCUAUAUGACGACCUGCAGGUUGUGAGAGCAGAUCACAUUCAGCUAAUGGUGCCCCUCCUCAUGGAAAAGAACUUGUGGUCAUGUGUCCCUGGGGAGGAGACCAUCCUUAAUUUACCUGGAUUCUGCCUCAUUCGUCGGGAGAAUGUGGAGUACUUCCCAAGGGGUAGUAGCUACUGGGACCGCUGUGUUGUAGGUGGUUACCUUUGUCCAAAGUCUGUCAUAGCUACAUUUGAGAAAGUAGUGUCAGGAUCUAUAAACUGGCCAGCCAUUGGUUCUAUACUGGGGUAUGUAAUCCGACCAGUGGUCCCAUCAGAGAGCCUAAUCCUGGAGGUUCAGUAUGAGGAAGAUCGGAGGCUUUUUAUAGACUUCUUGCCUUUGGUAGUACUUGAGGAGCAUGCAGCAGUAGCUAAGGCACAUAGACUGCCUCGUUAUGGAAAUAUGUGGAGGCUCAGCCAACGUGGAGCUGAAACUGCUGCUUUGAUGGGACGGGAUCAGCACGAUUCAGGGUGCCGGUGCCUAUGUCUGAAGAUCCUAAAAGCCAUCUGUCACUACAAUCUGCAACUUUCACAUCUCACCGCUUCUCACCUUACAAACAUCCUUCUCCACACCUGUGAGAAGGAGUCUGACUGGUCACACGGGGUGCUGGCUGACAGAUUUCUCCAGGUUCUCAGAGAAACUGUGGGUCAUUUAGAGAAAGGAGAGUUGCCCUCAGCCAUGGACCCAAAGGUGGACCUUUUCAGAACUCAUCGCAGAGGAGAUUGAUGAGAUGGGCUAUUUUCUCUACUGCUCCUUGUCAGAACCUGAGGUGCUUCUAAGGACAGAAGACUAAAUGAGGGAAGGGUUGUCGACAGAAGAAGAUUACAGCAGCAACACUGUCAUCAUAACUUCCAUGUUGUGCAAAUGUAUGAAAAUGUUGAAAGCGAGAUGAGACUCCCGGCUCCUUUCUUCCAUUGGAGGGCAAAUUCAACAGUAAAAUUUAAAAUACAUGUGAUGUGUUUUGACCAUCCUGGUACUCUCAGGGACUGCUAGAUAAGUUGUGGGUGGGCCUGGAAUAUGCUUUGAUUUCCAGUCUCAAACGGGUUGAAAUAACAUGGUAUCUGUUGCCUACUCCUUGAUUUAAAGUGUAGUCUAGACGUUAUUAUACACUAUAAUUCUCCGUUUAUUCAGACUGCUGCUGUGUGCUGCCUUGCUGUUGUGUUUCUUUUCGUUUUUCUCAACCUCCUUUCUGUUGUCCUGUCUCUCAUUACAACCUAACUACCAAAUCACUGCAGGUAUAUUAGGUAUUAUGUUACAGGUAUGUUAUGCAGGUUCUUCUUGCAGCAGUAUUCAUAUUCACAUAGCAGUUUAAGCUAAAAGGUGCUUUGUGAAAUCAGUUGGGUGUGUGAUGAAUAAUCACCAUUUAAAUGGUCUUUUGGGCAGGAGGGUUGACACAUACGUUCUCAAGGCUGAAAUUGCUCUGAACCAUACUGGAUGUUUUGCUUUAAAAUCGUUGACCAGCAUAAUAUACUUAUCAGUCAUUUAAAGGGGAACUAAACCACCAUGCAUUUUUACACACGUCCCCCCCCAAGCCACAUUAAAGCAAAUCAAAUUGGAUCUAACAAUGCAGAGCAGGGUUAGUCUCUCCAUCUUCUGUCAUGUUCCAUGACAUGCAACACACGCAUUAUAAGUACAACUAUUAUAACUUCUUACUCGCUUUAAUCGGAAAAAUAACUGUUAAAAAAGCUAGCAAACCAACAUCUACUGUGUGUAUUUCUAGACUUGAAUGCAGUAAGUUAAUGUGCAAUACAAAUAACAAAUACUAUGCACACUGUUCUUUCAAAGACUUUCACCUGUGCAUUUCCGUAUGCAAGGUUUAAUCCCACAAAAGCAACCAUUACUGUUUCUCUGUAUCAUAACUACCUCGGCUUGAGAAGGGAUCACAUUCUUGCUUUGCAUCUAGAGAAAUGUAAAAUAGUACAAACCAUUGACCCUUAUCGGCCAUGUUCUUUGUCUUCAGAGCUGGAUAUGUGUAUGGUAGCUAUUUAUUGUUACUCCACACAGGGCUGAUUAUCUUAUUUAUUUUUAUACUAUUUUGAAAAACCAAUCAUCGAGAAAGCUCCAAGAUACGCAUUGCUAUUUCCCGUAGGGUUCAUUAACUGCAAUACUUUAUUUAUGAGUCAGUCUUUUACUCUAAUAAGGCAGUUCCUUGUACUUUAUGGCAAUUAAACUGCAUAAAUCCAUAUUUGUGGCAUAACAAUCCUACUGGUGUUUUUUAAUGAUUAAAUGUUUUUUAGAAGCCUGUGUGCCCCACAUUACGGAAAGGCCCCAUUUGUGGAAAAACCUAAUUUUUUUUUUACUGCUCCUAUAACUCUAUAAAAUACAGGAGUUUGCAUAAUGAAAGUAAAAGUCAUUUCCAUUAUACAAAUUAAUUACAAAUUUUCAUUGAUUUUGGAGUUAUUUAAAACCAUUAUUCUUACUGAAAGCUGUGCGACUGCCUUUUCCAAUACUCUUCACUACUGUUUCUGACUACAUGUACGAUCAAAGCAGUGCUGCUGUAGUCCGCUUCCCUCCAGCCAUGGUUCCAAUUCCCACAAUGCCUUGCAUGUUUGAUUUACAGUCCUGUGAUGCAGAAUCACAGAAAUGUGCAGGGAAAUGGAGUAUGAUUGGAGGAAGACUAACAUUGUUUCAUUCGUAUAUGCAGUCAGGACAAGCAGCGUAGAGAAAAAUAAAAAGACAGAUGCCUACUUUUAAUUGCAAUUACAUUUCUAAAUUAUUGAAAGCUUGUAAUGGAUUUUGGAAAGUUGCUUAGCAUUAAAGUGAUACUGACACGUUCCUAUAAAAAUCAUAGGAACAUGUCCAUAUCAAGGAGGUGCUGAGUGCUGAAUAUAUAAGAAAAUCCAUUCGCAGUGUCAGAGGGUCAGCUUAACGAAGGUUCACGGGGCUGGGGGGCUUUUAAAGGGGACCCGUCGCCCAAAAAAAAAUAUUCCAAAUCCUAUUAUAUCACAUUAGUUAAGCAAAAUUUACUUUUAUUAAACUGUAUAAAUUAUUUGAAUCUUGUUCCAUCAGUCUGGGAAUUCAUAAUUAUAGCAAGCAGGCAGGAGCCAUUGUGUGGCUAUGAAUGCUUUAAUAAAAAAAAGAAUUUGGAUUUCAUGUUUAAUUUGAAAAGGACUUUUAUUAUACAGAUUUUUAUGUCUGCGUGAGGGGUCCACUUUAAAGGAAAAUAUUUAGCGUACUGCACCUCCUUGAUACACAUAUUCCUAUGAUUUUUAUAGGAACUUCAGUUCAAUUGCUUUUUUUUCUGCUGAAUAAAUUGAAAAGGCAUUGGCUAUAGGUGUGCUCCUUCCAUACAAAGUCACUGGUUUUAUAGGAACUUGUCAGUAUCGCUUUUACUUUGCUUUCAGCAUAAAUCAUUAUAUAUUUUGGUUUUCAAUUUUUAUUUAGGCCUUUCUCACAUAAUAGUGUCUGGAUCCAGUGUACACUCUCGGAAGCCCCAAUCUUGCAUACAUACUCACGGACAUUGGUGCCAGUAGGGAAGAAGCAAAUGACAAUAGCUCUUUAAAGGGUAACGAUCUUGUAAAUGAAAGUUUAAUAUCCGCAUACUGAAAUAAGAAGACUUCUAAAUAUUAUCAAUUCAUUAUCCUGUACUUCUAAUAUAAGUAAUUAAAAAAAAAAAAACUGGACUUGCUGAGUAAUUAUUGAAGACGUUUCACUACUCAUCUGAGCAGCUUCUUCAGUUCAACUGACUGGUGUGGGAAUUUCUCUGUGCCAUUGUGAUUGAAUUAGUGUAAUGCUGAGAACUUCCCACAUCAGUCAGUUGAACUUAAGAAGCUGCUCAGAUGAGUAGUGAAACGUCUUCAAUAAUUACUCAGCAAGUCCAGUUGUAUAUUUUUAAUUACUUAUACUAGAUAUACCAUGACCUGGAUGAAUGGAAAUCUUCAUAGUCAUUAUCCUGUACUGUUUAUGAACUAAUCAAGUUUAUCUUCACUAUCCCUCAGCAUCUGUUUCUCUUCAUUCUGUCUUCAUGCAGCAGUUGGGUGUCAGAUAAUCAUUGACAAUUAGAUCCAAUUUAUCUUAUAGGGGGAGCUCCUUUCUUAGGAGAUGUAUUAGAGCUCACUCAAAUAACUGAUUCCAGUACAAACAAAAUAUAACAAAAUAAUUGCAUUUUGCACAAAUUCUGCAUGUAGAGAGACAUGGUUUCUGGUGACUUUAAUAGAGUGAGCUCUAAUACAUCUUCUAGGCAAAAGGAGCCCCCCCAUAAGAUAUAUUGGAUCUAACUGUCAAUAAAUAUCUGACACCCAACUGCUGCAUGAAGAGAGAAUGAAGAGAAACAGAUACUGAGAGAGGGAUAGUGAACAUAAACUUGAUUACUUCAGAAACCAUGCAGAAUAUUUAAUUGAUUGCAUUUAGAAAGUUUCUUAUUUCAGUGUGAUGAAGUUUGUAUUACAUUUUUAUUUUUGCAAUAGUUCCCCUUUGAUGUACAGUCCAUAUCCUUAAUGUAUUUAAAGUUUAAAGAUUUUUAAUGGGAAUGGUUUUAGGUUUUUUGAUGCGUAAUAUUUAUUGUACACUUAUAAAUAUUCCUAUUAACUAUAUGACUGUGCUGCUAUUUCUAGUCACAUAGCUACAUAUUCAUUGAGUACAUUGCAGCAGGAAUAAUUCAUUUUACAAAUCCAGACCUGCUGUUAGUCCACUCCACACUAAUAGGUCACUUCAUCCCUUAGACAUGAGGGUUUGGCUUCCUAGGACAAUGUACCUUUAUGGCCGUAAGCAGUGCCAUGUCUCUGAUUAGCAAUGUCCUUGUUUCGAGCUGCUUGGCACUAUGCUGCAGAUUCCAGGGAAUCCUAAAUCUGUGUAUAUCAAACCUUUGUGUUAAAGUAUGUGUAAGCCAAAGAUGGCUGUUUGGAUUGGUAGAUAUUUCCUUGUUAAAGGAAUAGUUCAAUGUAAAAAUAAAAAUUGGGUAAAUAGAUAGGCUGUGCAAAAUAAAAAAUGUUUCUAAUAUAGUUAAUUAGCCAAAAAUGUAAUGUAUAAAGGCUGGAGUGACUGGAUGUCUAACAUAAUAACCAGAACACUACUUCCUGCUUUUCAGCUCUCUUGCUUUCCACUGAUUGGUUAUCAGGCAGUAACCAAUCGGUUACUUGAGGGGAGGCCAAAUGUGCCAUAACUGUUGCUUUUGUAUCUGAGCUGAAUUCUGAGGAUCAAUUGCAAACUCACUGAACUGGUAUGUCCCAUGUGGCUCCCCUUAAAGUCACUGACUAACUCAGAGUUAGAGAGCUGAAAAGGAAGUUGGAUUCUGUUAUGUUAGACAUUGUCACUCGAGCCUUUAUACAUUACAUUUUUGGCUAACUAUAUUAGAAACAUUUUUUAUUUUGCACAGCCUAUCUAUUUACCCAGUUUUUAUUUUUACACUGAACUGUUCCUUUAAAUAUGACUGUGUUUAUUCUGACCAGUAUAACAAGUCACCCAUUAUGGAGCAGCAUUCUUCUGAAAUGAAAACAGAAUCUAUAUAAAGUAGCAUAAACUAUAUGGCUGUGUAUUAUCCUCUGCAUAUUUUUAUGUUUGUAUAUUUAUGUAUGUAUUUAUAUGUAUGUAUGUAUGUAUGUAUGGGUGCAAGGGAACCAGUAUAGAAGCUCCCACUUACAUGUACAGAGGAGGAAAAGUUCCACUCGUUCAGACUUUAAUGUAAAGGUAAAUGAAGAUCACUUGCAUUUUUUUAUAUUUGUGUUCUACUUUCACUUGUUUCCAGCAUAUUACUCCACAAACUUUGACUGCCUGCGGAUUGAUAUGUGUUGCUGCCUUUGUGUUUUACCAGAUCUCUCCCCAAAAUACACUGAUAAAUAAUGGACUGUGGGAAGAGUGAGAGUAUUCGAAAAUAAAUGAAAACAUGAAUAAAAUGCAACAAGUCUAAUCUUUAUGUGGAUUUGUUCAUGUACAGUACAUUUGAGUAAGUAUUCCUCUAGUUCAGCUAGUUCCUUGUGGUGCUUGUUUAUGUUAAUUUGUGUAGCGUGUAAGUACUCCUCUAGUUCAGCUAGUUCCUUGUGGUGCUUGGGGCGUAGUUACAUAGUUAAAUUGGGUUGAAAAAAGACAAAGUCCAUCAAGUUUAACCCCUCCAAAUGAUAACCCAGCAUCCAUACACACACCCCUCCCUACUUUUAAUUAAAUUCUAUAUACCCAUAUCUAU